GUGGCUGCAAGUAAGAGCAAGACUAGCUACAUUUAGUUUAAAUAUAAAAACUUUGCUCCAAAAACACAACCUUGGAAACCAAGUCAGUAUUUUCUUUUUCUUUUUCUUUGUCUUUUUCUUUUUUUGGUCACAAAAAUACGAACUUUUUCCUCUCUUCCAAACAAAAAUGGAGAGCAUAACAGAAGAACAGCUGAUUCAAAUGGUCAGAGAUUUCAUAGAAUCAGAAUCUUCAGCUCCACAGAUUUCAGUCUCAUCCUCAGAAUCUCAUAUUGAUAGUGAUCAUCAUCAUCAACCCUCUAAUAUUGACACUUUAGAGGAGAUGAUAUGGAGAGAGACAACAGAUGUUGAGGUGGAGAUCCUUGAGAAAAUUCUCAUGUACAUGAGAAACAUGGGAAGCUUAAUAAUAGAGCCAAAAAACCUGAAGAAAUGGGUAGUUUUGAGGCUCAAAAUGGAUGGUUAUGAAGCCUCACUCUGCAAAACUACUUGGGUAUCUUUCCCUGGAAGAGCCAAAGGUAACUAUGAAUUUGUUGAUGUUAUCACAAAUGGUACAAGAGUAAUAAUAGACAUGGAAUUCAGGUCUCAAUUUGAACUGGCUAGGCCAACACAAAGCUACACAAAAUUGAUUGAAGCUCUGCCUUCAUUUUUUAUUGGGACUGAAGAGAAGCUUGGGAAUGUGGUCACUCUCUUGUGCUCAGCUGCAAAAGAGUCACUCAAAGAAAGUGGGCUCCAUAUUCCACCAUGGAGGAAAGCUACUUACAUGCUCCCUAAAUGGUUCUCGGAAAAUUGCAAGAAAGUUUCCUUCUCCCCAAACAGCAAUUCUACCAUCGAAGAAUUUUAGGGAAAUAUUGGAAAAAAAUUGAUCUUGAUGAAGAAUUUUCACAUGGGCUACUCUCAUUUUCUCGGAAAAGUAGACUAUAAGUAUUAUGGGAAAAAGUUUCAAAGAACAGGGAAUCCACCUUGUAAUAGGUCUUGACUUUUUUUUUUUUUUUUGAGAGGGUACUUUAUAUAUAUAUAUAUAUAUUUGCAUAUAUAGUUACAGGAAAAAAAAAGCUACUACUAUAUCAAGAAGAAAGGUUACUUUGGAUCAAUUUUGUAGAGACAGAUGUUAAAGUUUUGAUCUUUAUAGUU